AUGUCUUCGGAGGGAGAACCAGAAUCCGCCGCUGAAACCAUUGCAAAUACUCAAGAAACAGCAGGAACUGCAGCCACAGAUGCGGGAGAGGAGCAACAACCAGUCAAGCAGUCUUUGAGUUCUUCCAUGUGCAGAGAGUCCCACUGGAAGUGCUUGCUCCUCUCUGUUCUUAUGUACGGCUGCCUAGGAGCAGUAGCUUGGUGCCAGCUCACACAAGUAACGAAGCUCACUUUUGAUAGUUCUUUCAAAGGCAAGUCUAUGAUCUACCAUGAUAGCCCUUGCUCUGAUGGCUACGUGUAUAUUCCACUAGCAUUUCUCACCAUGCUCUAUGUGGUCUACCUGGUGGAGUGUUGGCACUGCCGUGCCAAAAGUGAGCUCCAGUACAAAGCUGAUGUGGAAAGCGUCUAUGACCGAAUUGCCAGAAUGAAGCAGGCCACGCCAUGCAUAUGGUGGAAAGCCAUAAGCUACCAUUUUGUCCGACGAACCAGGCAGGUGACUCGGUACCGCAACGGUGAUGCCUAUACAACCACUCAGGUCUACCAUGAGAGAGUCAACACCCACGUGGCUGAAGCUGAGUUUGACUAUUCCCACUGUGGAUUCAAGGACAUCUCUAAGGAGCUCAUGGGCCUGGAGUGGUAUUCGGCCACAAAACUAAAGUUCACCAAGUGUUUCAGCUUUGCAAAUACGGAGUCUGAGAACUCUUACCUGACACAAAGGGCUCAUUUCUUUACAGAGAUUGAAGGGUUGGAUGAUUAUAUGGAGGUCAGGGAAGGCAUGAAACUCAAAAACAUAGACUUCAAAGAGCUCAUGAUGGCCUAUGGGGACCCAGACCAUCUCCCUUGGUAUGUAUCCCACUAUGCUUUCUGGGUGGCUGCUUUGAUGAUGAUUUCAUGGCCUCUCAGAGUUUUCAUGGAAUAUCGGACUGCAUAUGUACACUAUCAUGUGGAGAAGCUCCUUGGGGUGGAGUACAGAGUGUCAGCUGUGGUUGAAGAGCCCUUGUACAGAUAUCGCAUACCCCGGGUUAGCACUCAGGACAGCACUGAACUUGAGUGGCACAUCUGUACCAAUCGUCAGCUGAUUCCCAGCUACUCAGAGGCCAUGCUUAUGGACCUGACAAAUGCCCCCAUAUGCAAUGGCUACUCCUUUUGCAGAUACAGUGAAAUUACUCGUGGCUGUGAGCACUGCCAUCAUGCUUCUAGUACCUCCUCCAUCUUCUCUCGCCAUGCCUUCUACAGCUGCAGUGGAAAUUCACAGGUCUCGCUCAAUACCAGCCGCUUCUCCUUGUGCCGGAUUCAUGGCUCUCACAGGACAGGCCUCUGGAGGAGUCACAGUAGCAGCAUCGCCGAUCGUGGCUGCCAGAAUGACCAGUGCUGUUCCCACUCUAGCCAACUGGCCAUCAAUGAAAACCCACCCACUUACCAUGAUGCUCGGUUUUUCCCAGUACUAAUUGUGCAUAGGCCAGAAGGGCAGGAAGGGAGGCACUUCUUCCUCCGCCGUGCGUCCUGCCUGGAAACCUCACUGUGA